AUGACGUCCAUUAUUUCUCCAGGUGAGGGAUUCACCGGCUUCUUGCAUUUGGGCAUUCUGCUCUACGACACUGUGGCCAAACUCAGGGCUUCUGACUAUAAAAUGAAAAUCGCCUACUCGUCUCGAAAGUACCUUGAGUCACCUAUUCUCGUGACUCUUCCUUCGUUGGGACUUCGACUUACGUUCCUGAGCUCGCUGGGACAGGAGCUUAGGCUUAUAGAGGUGAUGAACUUUGAAAUGCUUAAGCUUUCGUAUAAUGGCCAGGCAUUGAACGAGAUCCAGUUCUACGAGGCGCCAGAGCCUGAGGAUGCGCUAGAGAAACCGCCUUUGCAGAAACUGGUGGUGCCGCCGUGUUUGAAGGUGAUUUACAAUAAGAUCUUUGGGCCCACGUACCCGGGGAUACUAGACUUGGAGAAGAAGACGUAUGUGUUGAGUUAUCCCGGCAUCAGCUUUAAGUUUGUGAUACGGCUGAAGGAGCUUCUUGCAAAGCUCUCGUCGAUUGAGGAUGAUAACCAGAUAUUGUCCAAGUUGGCCAAUUGGGACGUGGCGCCAGAUAUCGCGUGCCAGUCGUUGGCUAUCUUUAGCGGGAAGGACUUUACGAGCUUUUUGGACGAUCUCAAGAAGGAAACGGUAUCAAGGGCUGCGGAGGCUUCUUCCAUAGAGAAGUUCAUCGUGACGCUAGAAACUGGCGAUAUCGAGGUUGCUUUUUUUAAUAAUAACGGCGCAGCAAGACCAAAAGAGAACCUAAAGCUCGGGAUCCUAGGGCCUCCAGAUGCAUACUUUAACAAGUUUGACUCUCGUCUUUUGAUCCAUAAGCAUCUCAAGACCGCCACUGCAGCGCCCUGUGAACGGGUAGGGUCUGUCUACAAGUUUCAUAACUACUUCCGGCUAGGAAUUGAUUUACUCUACAACUUAAACCCGAACGAAAAGGUCGGUGGAGUCUUGGAAAAGGUGGUUCUUCACAACGGCGGGAUCGUGGAGUCGUUGGACUUUAUGCAAUGGAACAAGUGCAACUGGAAGAUUCGCUGGAACGCCCAGAGCAAGUCGGCGGUGGAUUCGUCGUUAUACUUCCACGAGUUCAGCAGCAGUUUCCUUAAGGAGAUCAGCACCCACAAGACAGAUCCUGUAUUGCUCAACCGAAACGAGUCAGAAAUCACAAGAGACGAGGACUUGGAGAUCUUACAUGUGACAGAAAACGGCAAGCUGGACUUGUCGACUCAGAUGCUGUCUACCGAGUCUAUCGGAUCCAAACCGUCGAACGAGUUCAAGACAUGGGGCCAAUCCAGGCUCUUCGGCUAUGACCGGUGCAUAUGGGAAGUUAUUGAGAGCAACAAUUGCGUAUCCAACGUCACCAUCUACUGA